GUAUGGAGCAGGUAAAAGCACGAGAUGAAAGAAGCAUCAAUUGGUGGUGUGCAAACAACUGCAAUGCGUUCACUUUCUUCUCGGCCAGCACAUUCAGUAGCUCAUGUUGCAUGUGAGUCUUUGUCAUGCUGUGACUGGAGACCAUUUGGCGGUUGUCAAGCUGCAAGCAACUGCCUCCAUCGAUGACUUGUAUGUUGCCAGCGCACAAGUGCUGAACAGAGACACAUUCGUAUUGCAUUUGUUGCGCCACAAUCAAGAACUUUCCUCCGGGACCGUGGGGCAGCUGGCAGGAGCAGGCGAGGACAUUGAAAUCUCAGUCCUGUUCGUGCCUGGGCCUCGUUUCGUGGCUAGUGCGCAGAGCAUCUGGUUAUUGAGCAUCGGCACAGAGCCCCAAAUGCUGAAAGAGAGCACCUCGGAGAGCUCUUCAGUCCUGUCCAUGGCUUUUGCUAGGAAAACGAAUCAAAUUGCAAUCAAAACCCUGGAUACUGUCCAAGUUUGGGAUGUAAUAUCUGGAGAGCUGAAGGAGCAGCUGGUUGUCGAAAUGAAGUCUGGAAGGUCAGCUUCACCAAGCCCCAAACUGAUGGACUUCACUGAAGAUGGCAGCCAGCUUGCUGUGAUUGAUGAUUCCCAGCACGUGCUAAAAAUAUGGGACCUACAGUCGAAGGCUUGCAUAUUUGAGGCACCCAGUUGUUUUGAGGUUUGUGCAUUUUCACCAGAUGGCCUUCGCAUCGUUGCUGGUGGAGCCUGCGAUAUGGACGGAACUGCAACUGUGUGGCAAGUGAGUAACAGCAGUUGCUUGCAAAGACUGGGCUUGACCGAUGGAUACUUCACCGGUGCUCUUUUCUCACCAGAUGGAUCCUGGAUUGUAACAGCAACUCGUGAACCGAACUACGAGGAAGUGCUUCUUUGGGAUCAGGCAGAGCACCGCGCUCUUGACUUGUACGGAAAUUACAAUGUCGCCUUCGUUAGCGACUCUGUGCUCGUCGGUAUGACAGAGGAUCGUGGAUGCAUCAAUGUUGUGAAAGUCCCUGAGGGUCGGGCGGUUUUGUCAGUGCCGCUGGAAGGGACCAUCAGACCGCACUCCCUGUUUGCUGCUUUGUUCCUGCCCUACAAGCAUGGCUUUGUGGCAAUUCUGGGGAUGCCCAGCGAAACCUACAGUUUUGAUCAGUUUUGCAAUGCCCGAGAUGGUUUUCUUUUUCUAUCUUUUCUGUAUGUGAAAUCUGUCCGAAUGGUUGAUUGUGUCCUUCUGUUGUCCUUGUUGACUUUGGACAUUUUUCGAUUUGGCUUGUCAUGGCAAUCCAGUUUCUUGUAUAACAGAGAACUUCAUCAUACCAAGAAGCAGUGUUCUAUAUUUCUGGCUGUAUAUAUAUAUUAUAAGUUAAGCGGUCCACGACAUCUAUGACCGAUCCAAGGUCCAGUGAAAACAAUGCCUUGGCUUUGACAUUUCCCUCUCUGGAGUCAACAGUUCCUCACAAUGUGAUUUCCUUCUCCUUGGAGAAAACCAUUGAAGCGCUGGCGUAAGAGUCCCGCAAAAGGACGCAGUGAGCGGCGGCAGUCCUUUUGUUCUCCUUUUUCAUUCGGAAAAGAAAAGCGGUCUUGGACGUCGCUUGCUAAAAGACAGAGGCAAGCAAACAAGACCAAAAAAAGAAGCAUUCGUUCGUAAGAAGCCCCUGCUAAGACAAGAAGGCCCUCCAAGGCCAGAAGGCACUGUGCAACUUGCUUUUUGGAACUUGCAAAAUUGGUUUCAGCGCUGAGAGCUCGCUGCGCUCGAGAGCAAGUGCAAGCAAUUGCGGCCGUGUGUGGACCGAAC